UAUAAUUCAAGAAAAUAUAUCCACAUAAUUUUAUUAGUUGUUAUUAAAAAAACCAUGUCAAGAGGACAGAAUAAGUAGCCGUAGGUCGUUAGAUUUUGCAAUGAUUGGGGGUUUAAAUUUGGGUUAAAAGAUUAAUUUGUCGGUGGUACUUAAUAAGAGCUUUGAUCUACAAUGUGUUGAAUACCGUCAAGUAAUCAUAUUACACAUUACAUACGUGUAUUGCCACCGAUAAUAAUUUGACUUUAUAUACAUACAAUAUUAUUGUUAUUAUACGUAGAGUAUGAGCCGUAUGUCACGUAUGACAUACAAAAAGUCAUCAGUCGUGAUAACUAAGUACACGAAACGCCCACUGGCAAUUUAAAUGACCAAUUCUCCAAGAAGAUACCUACGUACCAUAAAAACCAAUUACCACAUUUCUUUUCCUAACUUUAUUUACUUUACUUAGUUGAUAAUUCGUCAACAGUAUUAUUUUAUCUUUUUACACCCGUCAUUCAAACACAAGGACGAGCAAGCGGUCACGUAGAAGGUCAUAAGGGUGGAAAUUGUUUUCCUGAUCUAAAAAAUGAUCCUCUUCCUAGUACUAUCACAUGAGUACGCCCUUGGCAUAUACUUGACAAAUCUGACAAAACUGUUCGAGCAGCGGCUGCUUGGUGCUACUAAUCAUCAGGAUCAUCUCCCUGCAAUUGUCUUCAGAGAUCUCUCUUAUUUGCCUGAAAUUUACGAUGAAGAUUACAAUAAUAACAAUAAUGAUAAUAAUAAUAAUAAUAACUAUUUAUCUAUAAAUAAUCAAUUGUUCAGAAAUGACAGAAAUUUAUUACCAGAGUACCGAAAUCUUUGUGAAGUAAAGACUAAAAAAGUCCAAUUGGACGAUGAAGAGUUUGAGUAUCAGCCACCGCAUUACCACGAGGUUUAUUGCAAAAGUUACUCGCUGCUUGAAGAUACAGAGCUGGGUGUUGCUAAAAAAAGCAAACAGAUGUGUGCCCAUCCUGGUUUUCAGUGUGUUCAGCGGAGCCGCGUUCUGUCUAUGGUGAGACGCCGGUGGGCGAGUGGAUGCUGGGAACCUUUUACCAAAGAAAUUGCCAGCGGAUGUGAAUGCAUGUGGCCAGUUUCUACUCUGGGAGAUAUUUCCGCUCACUACUAAAUACUAAUAUAAAUAUAUUUAACAUAAUAAAUGUAUUUUAAAUUAGGUUCUAGAUCGAAAAUUCCCUGCAAAUAUAUCCCAAAAAUAUAUUAA